UAUUCAGAUAAGCUUGCGAGUGUGGCAAGUUUAGGCUGGAAAAGGUGUGUCGCCUCGCUUCUUUGCUGCUGACCCGUACAACCGCUUCGGAAGGAUUGCGAUAAGUCGUGCUGGGUAUCACAACGGAUGUCUAUUUUUUAUAGAGAUUUACUUGACGGAAUCUCGGCUUCUGAUCGACGUUCAUCACAUUCUAAUGAUGUUGUUCGCAUUCUAACUGUGCCAAACCUUCUGCGUCCAGUUCGACUCGGAACUCAUUCGACGCUGUGAUCAGCUUAAACCUGUGUGGACGCAAGCAGCACGGCUUUACUCAAAGCGUUGUUUCGUCUCACCCUUCGCCGCUGUCUUGUCUCCGUACAUCACUUGUGAUUUCUGCCCCCUUUCGGACGUUUUCCCUUUUCUUCUUCACUGCCGAAGUUUUAGCAAACCAAGGAUUGUCUGUUGUUCCCUGUUUCUGCGGCAUCAUGGUAGAAAUGUACCUCCCGCGGUGCCAGGGCAAGAUGGUGUCCCUCGGGUUUCGUGGUAUUGACGAGCUCCCGGAAGAUGUUCGCCUGUUAAAAGACGCAGAAAAGGAGUUGGAAAAUUCAAUCUUCCAUUUGGAAAGGUCCAAUAAUGAACUGAUGGAGGAAGAUCCGAAUGAUUCCGUGUAUUCGGAAGCAAUCAAAGAGAACGAAGUGGCGCUGGAGGUGAAGCACACCCGCCUGCGGCAUGUUCAGCGGAAAAUUGCUGAGUUGAUGUCACACACGCAAACUGGUACCUGCUGCUGUGGACAUUCUGUGCCAGCUGGUAGUUCCGCAGCUGUGCUGCCGGCUUCUGCUUCCUACCCUCCGGUCACCUCCGAGACGCUGCGUGACCAUGCCCACAGUGCAUUUGCCAUGGUGGGUGAACAGCGUCCUUCUGUAGACUACAGCAUGCACGAAGGGGUAGCUUGUAUGGCGGCCGAGCAUGCAGGCGAACAGGAGCCACCUCGUCUUUGUGACGAGUUACGAUCUGUGCACACUGAGGCUGACAGGGGGCAAGUUGUGAGCGUGAGUGAUCAUGUGAAUGAAGACGACGACGAGCAAAACGGAGAGCAAAGCAUAAGCUGGCAUGCAAGUGACGCCGCCGCAGGCAUCUUCCUCUGAGCCGGGAAAGUGCCCGUGUUUGUAAGACGCGGAGCAGGGAUGACUUUAGUGAACAGUGCGAUUGGAUUCAUCGCCUGACAGCGUGCGAAAAGGAGGGCAUCAGGUUACGGGAAUUCGUCAAGAAACAGGAGCACGUGCAGACCGCUUCGCACGAACCCAGCCGUCAGUGGGUUGGGAUCGUUCUGUGUGGUCCGCACUGUGAGGUGCAUGUGCGAGAACCUGUAAAAUAGGUGCACGGUGGGUAGAGAUGCCGCUGACUAUCGCUAGCGACCGCGAUUGUCAGAUGUGCUGCCUAACCAUUCGAACGCCUCCUGGAGGGACGUUUGUGCCAGUGAGGUCCACAUCAGAUUUUGGUUGCCGGGUGAGCGUAUUCAAGAGCGUUCUUCUGCGGCUUCGAGAAGAAGGUGUAUAUGAUCCACUGUGGCGACUUGUACAUGCUGUCUAUAUUUUUACGUAUUUGGCAAUGCACACGCAAGUGCGUGUUUGGCGUGUGUGUGUGAGUGUGAGCGCCUGCCUUCCCUUCGAACGGAAAUUCAGCUUUCGUCAUCGAAUAACAGGGUUCCGGGUCCCUUUUCCUUUCUGAAAAUGCAAAAACCCGCGCAAUGGCGGGUGCUAUUCAGACCGAGGACACCGAGUAGCAGGAAUGCCCAGUUGUCGUGGCGGUUCCUUUGCUUGUGUAUGUUUGUGGCACGGGUUCGGAGACGAUUUCUCGACUACCUGCCGAAAAGAGACCACAUGUGUAAAGUAACAAGUGCGUACUGCGUAAGCAUAUUGACCCUCUGUGCUGGCGCGGUGUUCGUUUUGGUAAAGGCAGUUUCCGUCUUUAGUUGAACACGACGAGUGGCGCAUGCCAGUACAAGGACGUUCAAGUUGAAUGCAGAAGGCUGCAGGGACCGCGAUGUUGUCUUAUUUUUUAGGCAUCGGGCCAGUCUUGUAUCCACUGAUGUUCGUGUUUGCUAUGUUACGCGGUCUAGAGAUUGCCUAUUUUUAUGAGUGGUGGGCGACCCUUUUACGCACUGCAAUUUUAUUCGGUUUUGCUCGAGAAACAGAGCAACAGCCUCAACGGAGUUUUCCCGUAUCACAUCAUGUUUCCUUCGAUCAUCAAAGCAUUCGUGUUGAAGGUGACACUGCAGGGUCGGUCACGGGGGCAGCAUCACAGGCUGGGUGGCAUGUGGUGUCAACGGAGAAACUCGUGAGCCGUGAAGGAAUUUGUCGAUUUUUCCGUGAACACGCGGUUCGGUCAUGGCACUAACAAGCCGGAAUAUCCCGUGGUCAAAAACGAGAAGCGUGGAGCCCAAGCGCAGAGUAAGGGUCCAGGUUGUCAUGCUUUACUGAGACACACUCGGGACUUCGCGCCGACUGUGUACUUGUAGCGCCACCUUUUCUCUUUUAAUGCACUCAGUUAAUUAGUAUUAGGUUUGAUAUUCUGUACCAACCGAGUUAAAAUUGUGAUUUACGGUGGAAGAAAUGGCGCUGGAAUUAGCGCCGCAAGGCACAAACUGUACUGCCGGAGCAUCGACAAUUUGGCACAAUGUCUGGAUUGGUUGCAUGAAAGCGUCCACAACGGACUUUUGAUUACUCCUCGUAUGCCUGGCAAUGAACGUUACCUAGAAAUAUGUCUAAUUGCGAGGUGUGCGGCACAGCCUUCACUUCGCACCAGUGCUUGAGACCAGUUAUAAAAGAGCAGCUCUUAAAAAUUCAUCAAGCUUACACCGAG